AUGUCUCUUUCUAUUAACUACCGAAAUACCGUAAACAUAGUAAAAGUCCCAUUUCCCCCAUCAAUUAGUGUAGAUGAAAUCGUACAAAUUCAUUUAAAAAAUGGCAUUAAGAAUGUUAAUGAAACAAUGAACGCAUUCAUGAUUUAUCGAAAAGAAUAUAAUCAUAUAGUUGCAAAAUUUAAUCUUUCACGUAAAGAUGUAUCUAAAUUUGUUAGCAUUUCGUGGCGAAAUGAGCCAAAAAAUGUCAAAGAAUAUUACCGACAGAUGGCAAAAAAUGUAAAAAAAUGUUUCAAGGAGAAGGUUCCUACUCUUUGUUUUAUCAAUAGCAAUCAAAUAAAUAGUAAAAAUGAUAAUCACGCCAUUUUAGGUACCUCUAAUCCUUCACUUAAUACGAAUCAAAACUUUCCUCCACCUGUUAAUAUGGAUCAAAAUCUCUCCUCCCCAUAUUCUACCUACUUUAAUUAUUCACCUGAUUUAUCUGAUAGUUUUGAAAAUUCUCUUAAUACAUACAUGACGAUGGAUGAUGAUAACCUUAUGAAUUAUCUUUCCGAAGAUUUAGCUUUAACUUAUAGAGCAAUCAUUAAAUCAUUACCAGUUUAA